CUGGGUCAGCGAGUGGAGGAUGGUUCACAUCAGAGGAUGGGGGAGGGGGGACAAUAAAUAAGAGGUUACACUUUGGGCUCAAAUCAAUGAGGAAUCUGAUCUGUGGGAAGGAAGGAAACGCUGGGAGGUGGGCGGGGAGGAUUCAGAAACACCCGCUGGAGGCCCCAAACCCCCAAUAACAACCUGCACUGGAAUCCUUACUUUCUGUGCUGGCAUCUUGGUGAAGCAACAGCGAGUGGGCGGAGCUACAGGGUCCCAGUGACCAGGAGAGAAAAUGAUUGAUUCAUUGAUUAUAUUCUCACUCUCCACAGAGAGGCUUGAGAACUCAACCUAGCCAGAAUGGAGGGAAGGAGAAAACUGGGAGUUGGGGAAAGGAAUGUUGGAGAUGGUGUGAUGAAUUUGCCAGGCUGACCAACAAAAAUUAAAGGACACCCUGCCAUGGGAGUCCCUUUGAGUCGGUGGCAGGGUGUUGGGUGGGGUGCUGACAGAGCUGUUGGAACACAGAAACAGUAGGAGACAGGGUUCUGCACAAUGAAAGGGGUCCAAUUUAGGGGACAAACAGUGCCCAGCACCAUGCGGCCUAGGAUAGUUGACUUAAAUACAGGGAAAUCCCAUAAAUUAAGGGAUGGCUGUUCACUCUGAGGUUUGGAUUCCACUACAAGGAGGAGGAAGAGUGUGUGGGAUGAGGAUUUACGGCUUUGCAGGAAAAAGGUAUUAGAACAGGUGGAUUUACAGACAGGAGGCUCAAACUGAACAUCACAACAUGAUCUGACAGAGUCACUCAAUUCACCUUUGAAUGUGGAAAAAGAAAUGUUUGUUUGUUCUGUCUGUGGGAAAAGAUUUCAAACAUCAGCGUGACUGGAAAAGCACCGAGCACACACACCCGAGUGAGAGUGUUCCAGUGCACAAACUGUGGAAAGAGCUUUAACCAGUUACACAGCCUGAAAAAAAAAUUACACUGUUCACAGUGGGGAGAAACCAUACACGUGUUCUGUGCGUGGAUGAGCUUCAACUGAUUGUCCAACCAGGAGGGAGACAAACGCACUGGCAUCAUGGAGAAACCGUGGAAAUGUGAGGACUGUGGUAAAGGAUUCAAUUCUUCAUCUCGGCUGGAAAUCCAUCGACGCAUUCACACUGGGGAGAAGCCGUUCAGCUGUUCCGUGUGUGGGAAGGGAUUCAUUCAGUCAUCCAGCCUUCGGUCACACCAGCGAGUUCACACUGAGAAGAAGCCAUUCAGCUGCACAACCUGUGGAGAGAGGUUCAAGUCUUCAUCCAUCCUCACUGAACACCAGCGAAUUCAUACGGGUGGGAGACCAUUCACUUGCUUCGUGUGUGGGAAGGGAUUCACUCAGGUAUUUGCCCUCCAGUCACACCACCGAAUGCACACGAAGGAGAAUCCAUUCAGCUGUACUUCCUGUGGAAAGAGCUUCAGGCAGUCAAUCGACCUCAAUGAACACCAACGCACUCACACAGGGGAGAAGCCGUUCACUUGCUCCGUGUGUGGGAAGGGAUUCCAUUGGUCAUCCCAACUGCUGACACAUCAGCGAGUUCACACCGGGGACAGACCAUUCACCUGCUCCUUGUGUGGGACGGGAUUCACUCAGUCACAACACCUCCUGAGACACGAGCAGGUUCACAAGUGACUGCAGUGAUUGGAUUCUGCUGUUAUUGCUGCUGUUAAUCACAUCCAGGUCUGAUAAUCUGACAAUAUUUGGGUUGUUUCUGCUGAUGUUAACAACUCUAUAACUGACUGCAGUUUAAUAUUCUGGAGAUGUCACAAUGUCUCUUUUUAAAAAUGCCAUUUACAAUCUUUCUGCUGAAUUCAAGAAUUCUCACCAGGAAUUAGCUUGCAGUAAAAUUAGGAACUUUUGCUGCAAUCCUAACUUGAUCUUUGGUGCAAAAUCUACAAUUCAAUGUC